CGCCGGCCCCGCCGCGGCCGCGCCGCGCCUGCGGGCGGGGCGCCCCGCGGCGCCCGAGGCGGCGGGCUCGCUCGCGGGCAUCCCGGCCACGGUGGGCCUGGCCGCGGCGGCCAUCGCCGUGGGCUCCUCCGCCGUGACGUGCCGCGCGGCCGCGGUGAAGAAGAAGGGUGUGAAGGUCGUCAAGCAGUUGAACGACAGGGAGAUCCCGUGGAACUUGUUCAUGCCGAAGGCGCCGUACCAGGGCACCGUGAUCAAGAACGACGUGCAGGCACACACCAUCACCAAGCCCAACAGCGACUCCCCUGGUGAUGCCAACUGGGAGACGACGCACGUGACCUUCGACCACGGGGGCAAGGUGCCCUACGUCGAGGGACAGUCCAUCGGGGUCAUCGCGCCUGGCCCCGACAAGAAGGGCGAGACCCCAGCCAAAAUACGCCUCUACUCGAUCGGCUCCUCGGCGGUCGGCGACUGCCAGGACUCCAAGACGGUCUCCCUCUGCGUCAAGCGCGUCGUCGAGGUGGAGGAGGAGAAGUGGCCCCUCAAGCACUCCAACCGCGAGGUCGGCGAGGACAAGCCCGACAAGGCGGGCACCUGCUUCCCCGACGCCAAAGUCUACCGUGGCGUGUGCUCGAACCACAUCUGCGACAUGAGCGAGGGCGACGAGGUGCUCAUCACGGGCCCGACGGGCGCCGAGAUGCUCCUGCCGGACGAGCAGGACUGCAACAUCAUCAUGCUCGCGACGGGCACCGGCAUCGCGCCGAUGCGAUCCUACAUGCGCCUGCUCUUCCACGACAAGGUCGGCGCCAACCCCGACGGGUCCCGCAAGUUCUCGGGCCUGGCGUGGCUCUUCCUCGGCGUCCCCUACUCCAACUCUCUGCUUUACGUGGAUGAGCACGACGAAUACUUGAAGCAGUACCCCGACAACUUCCGAGUCGACUACGCCGUCUCCCGCGAGCAGACGAACGCAGAGGGCAAGAAGAUGUACAUCCAGACCAAGAUGGGAGAGUACGCAGAGGAGCUGUGGGAGUUGAUGCAGUCUCCAAAGACUCACAUCUACAUGUGCGGCCUGAAGGGCAUGGAGUCAGGCAUGGAAGAGUGCUUCUCGCCCUUGGCGGAGAAGGCAGGCGUCGACUGGAAGGAGUUCGCAAAGGAGAUGAAGAAGGCCCACCGCUACCACGUGGAGGUCUACUGAGGAUGCACAUCUGGCGAAGCUUACUUGAGCGUGCCGAUGGGGCAACGUCCCGUCGAUUUGCGGAGCGAUGAGCUUUAGACCGAGUUUUACAGUAGUGUUCUUGGGCAGAUCGAUGCGGCAGCCCGCAUGAGCUCUAAGAUACUAAAGUCAGUAUUGACCGACGCCUCGUAAGGCUGUGCUUGAUUGAGAUUCGUCAUCUCUACAGCGAGGCCGAAGAGUUGUAAGAGGGAACAGUCGAAGCGCCUCGCGCUCAUCGGCAGAACCCUUACGCAUUUUUCAUCGCAGCGCCGCUAUGCUGGUGUCUUACACCUGUGCUGACUUACUGUGUACCGGUUUGAUGUUGUGUUUGAUGGCGUCAGCAGUGCGAUACUCACAUUUAGAAACAUAAUAUUCAUCACAAUGCUCCUCUUCCGUAGACGGGCGAACGGCGAUGUAGGUUUUGGUGUUGUGGGAACGCGUGGCUCGCGUUUUCCUAAAAUUCGCUGUGUCGUGUUCGCUCGAUCCUUUUGCACAUUGGAAAUGUAGGAAAGUGUGGUUCGUGACUUCCUACACCUUGGUUCCCAACAUCAGAGUUAGG